UGGUGAAUUAGCUCAGUAGUCUAGGCAGGAGUCUUCCCUGUGGGGCCGACGGAAGGCUGGUGGUGGUCUGGGCCGACCUUACUGCGGCCUGGUGUUCGGUUAAUCCUUUAUUCUUUGUUUUCCUUCACUUAGAUCCACUCAAGUCUCUUCCGAAUUCAGCAGUUUACUUAUCCCGCCUCCCAUUGCGGAACCUUUGUGAUAGGAACUAAUGUGUCAUAUGGCCUUGGCGGCCGGGGGACUGUUAGAAUAAAGGACUACCAGUUCUCGGAGGGUCCGUCGAUACAGUUCCGGUAGGAGAACGCGGCAGGGAAGUCUUCGUCUUCUGUUCCUGCCAUGCACCGACCGAAUUUUCGACCCCCAACUCCUCCUUACCCGGUCCCGGGUGUAGGAGGCUGGGGUAACGGGAGCAGCUUCCGGGGUACCCCGGGCGGGGGCGGACCGCGGCCGCCCUCCCCUCGGGACGGGUACGGGAGUCCGUACCACACGCCGCCGUACGGGUCUCCGUCCCCUGGCGGCUACCCUGGCUCCUACUCCAGGUCCCCCGCGGGGUCCCAGCAGCAAUUCGGCUACUCCCCAGGGCAGCAGCAGACCCACCCCCAGGGUUCUCCAAGGACAUCUACACCAUUUGGAUCAGGGCGUGUUAGAGAAAAAAGAAUGUCUAAUGAGUUGGAAAGUUAUUUCAAGCCUUCAAUGCUUGAAGACCCUUGGGCUGGCCUAGAACCAGUAUCUGUAGUGGAUAUAAGCCAACAAUACAGCAAUACUCAAACAUUCACAGGCAAAAAAGGAAGAUACUUUUGUUAACAUUUCUGAAAUUCACCUGGAAGCUUCAUGUGUCAGGACCAUCUUGGACAAAACUUUCACUUUGUGAUUAAGUUGAACCCAAUGAUGAUGACUUUCAAUAACUAGUAAGGCCAUCAUAUCUUUCAUCAUAUCAAGUGUUGAUGUUAGAGAAGAACAUAGGAUAAUUUGCAGUAUUUAGCUCUCUGGAAGUGCCUACCACAUUUAGAAGAUUUACAGUUUCCAUAUAUUUAAUAUUCCUGGUUAUAUAAUGGA